GAUGAAGGGCAGGGAAUCGAGGGAAGAGUGAGUGGGUGAAACCCCCGGGGGAGGGAAGAGCAAAGCCUAGGAAGUGAGUGGAGGGAAGAAAGUCACCCCCAAGCAGCCCCCCCCGCCCACUUCAGCUCAUGGGGAGGUGGCCUGUGUGGGGCUGAUGAUCCCUCUGCAGUUCCUCCCAAGCCGAGACAAGCUUCUUUGUAAAAGGAGGAGGCUUUGAGGAGACAGAAGCCAGUUUUCCAGCUGCUUGCCCUCAAUAGCUUUGCAGGGCCCUAACGGGAAAGACUGACAGUGGUCCCUGGAGGAGGAGGAGGAAAGGGGGAGAAGCAGAUCUGCCUGGAGUAUUUGGGGAGGAAAGAGGGGUGGGGGAGAGAAGGCUGUUGUGGGCAGCCGGGGACACACAGCCACCUUUCUGGUGAGGAGGUGCUGCAUUGGUCUGUGACUUGCAAAGGGAGGAACCUCCUUCCAUCCCCCAGACGCCCUUUGGCGGUUUGGCUCCUCUCCUAUAAAGGGAAGUCUCCAUCAGGAGCCCGAAUAAUCCCCUUUCCUUAGUGAAAUGCCUCCACGACUUGAGGGUGUUCUACUUCAAGCACAGAGCCACAUUUUUGCUUUGCAAUACUGAGUGGCUUCAUCCAUUAACCAGUUCCUGCUGCAGGGACAAGUCUGUUGAUAAAAGAACUUUGGCCUUCUUGGAGGCUGCCUUCGGAGCACGGAAUUAGAGAUGGAAAUGCAAUCAGGUGGCCCAGAGACCAUCAAGGCUGGGAGCAGUGAGGAAUUCUGGGAAAGGACUCCACAGGAAAUCCAGCUGCAUGAGGACACGCUCCCUUCAGAUGUGCAACACCAGCGCUUCAGGCAGUUCCAAUACCAGGAGGUUGAGGGGCCCCGACAGUUUUGCAGCCGACUCCACCAUCUUUGCCGUCAGUGGCUCAGACCAGAGCAGCACACAAAACACCAGAUCAUGGACCUUGUGAUUCUAGAGGAGUUUCUGGCCACCUUCCCCCCAGAGAUGGAGGGCUGGGUGAGAGAAUGUGGAACAGAGACCAGUUCUCAGGCGGUGGCCCUGGCAGAAGGUUUCCUCCUGAGCCAGACAGAGGCCAAGAAGCAGGAAGAGAAGCAGGUGCAGGGGCCAUUAGCAGAAGCAAACCCCAAUUUUUCUGAGGCAGAGAAGACUCUAUCAGACACCAGACCGAAGCGGCUGCACAGAGGGAGCUCUCAGGAGGUUCAUGUUGAUACCACUUCACUGGUUCAUGGAAGACCACUGGAGGUGUUGACAAGAUCAUGGCUCCCCUGUGUGGAUGGAGAAACAGCUUCUACCCAACCAGAUCAGGGUGCCGUGUCCUUUGAGGAGGUGGCUGUGCAUUUCACGGAGGAGGAGUGGGCCCUUCUGGAUGCAGACCAAAGAGCCCUGCACAGAGCAGUCAUGGAGGAGAAUUAUGAGAAUGUGUCCUCUCUGGGUGAUGGGUGGAAAAUCAAGACUGAAGGAGAAGCAUGUGGGUCACUAGUAGAAAGAGCAAGAAAUAAAAAGAAAGGACAACAGAGAAAAGCAACAAGAGAAAAGCAGGAAAGGAAGAAUGAAUCUCCUCCUGUUCAUGCUGGUGACUGCCAAGAAAAACCAAUCCAAGAAGAAAUAAAGGGAAAGCAAAAGAGGAAGGCCCCCUCAUGUGAAAAAAGCAUUGGUUAUAAAUUGCGGCUUAAAUGUCACUGGGGAAAGAAGAGAAGGGAGAAGAAACCAUUUAAGUGCUUGGUGUGUAGAAAAAGCUUCAGUUGGAGAUCAGAUCUUAGGAGCCAUCAAAUAAUCCACACCAGAGAAAAACCAUUUAGAUGCUUGGAGUGUGGAAAGAGCUUCCGUUCGAAAGCAUAUCUUAAGAGCCAUCAAAUAAUCCACACAGGAGAGAAACUAUUUAGAUGCUUGGAGUGUGGAAAGAGCUUCAUUUGUAGCUCACAUCUUAAGAACCAUGAAAGAAUUCACACAGGAGAGAAACCAUUUAGAUGCUUGGAGUGUGGAAAGAGCUUCCGUUGGAGAGCACAUCUUAGGAGCCAUCAAAUAAUCCACACAGAAGAGAAACCAUUUAGAUGCUUGGAGUGUGGAAAGAGCUUCAAACGGAACUCACAGCUUAGAUUUCAUCAAAUAAACCACACAGGAGAGAAACCAUUUCGAUGCUUGGAGUGUGGAAAGAGCUUCACUCAGAAAUCAAGUAUGAAGAGCCAUCAAAUAAUCCACACAGGAGAGAAACCAUUUAGAUGCUUGGAGUGUGGAAAGAGCUACAGUCAGAGCUCAGAGCUUAAGAAUCACGAAAGAAUUCACACAGGAGAGAAACCAUUUCAAUGCUUGGAGUGUGGAAAGAGCUUCCGUCAGAGAUCACAUCUUAGGAGCCAUCAAAUAAUCCACACUGGAGAAAAACCAUUUAGAUGCUUGGAGUGUGGGAAGAGCUUCCGUUCGAAAGCAUAUCUUAAGAGCCAUCAAAUAAUCCACACAGGAGAGAAACUAUUUAGAUGCUUGGAGUGUGGAAAGAGCUUCAUUUGUAGCUCACAUCUUAAGAAGCAUGAAAGAAUUCACAUAGGAGAGAAACCAUUUCGAUGCUUGGAGUGUGGAAAGAGCUUCACUCAGAAAUCAAGUCUGAAGAGCCAUCAAAUAAUCCACACAGGAGAGAAACCAUUUCGAUGCUUGGAGUGUGGAAAGAGCUUCAGUGGUAGCUCAGCUCUUAAGAACCAUGAAAGAAUUCACACAGGAGAGAAACCAUUUCGAUGCUUGGAGUGUGAAAAGAGCUUCAGUUGUAGCGCAACUCUUAAGAACCAUGAAAUAAUUCACACAGGAAAGAAACCAUUUAGAUGCUUGGAGUGUGGAAAGAGCUUCAGUCGGAGCUCAGGUCUUAAGUACCAUGAAAGAAUUCACACAGGAGAGAAACCAUUUCGAUGCUUGGAGUGUGGAAAGAACUUCAGUCGGAGCUCAGGUCUUAAGUACCAUGAAAGAAUUCACACAGGAGAGAAAGCACUUAGAUUCUUGGAGUGUGGAAAGAUCUUCAGUCAGAGCUCAGGUCUUAGGAGACAUCAAAAAAUCCACACAUUUAGAUGCUUGGAAUGUGGAAAGAACUUCAGUAGUAGCUCAAAUCUUAAGAACCAUGAAAAAAUUCACACAGGAGAGAAACCAUUUAGAUGCUUGGAGUGUGGAAAGAGCUUCAGUCAGAACUCACAUCUUGUAAGACAUCUAAUGAUUCACACAGGCGAGAAACCAUUUAAAUGUAUGGAGUGUGGGAAGAGCUUCAGUCAGAGCUCAGCUCUUAGGAAACAUCAAAUAACCCACACAUUUAGAUGCUUGGAGUGUGGGAAGAGCUUCAGUCGAAGCUCAGCUCUUAAGAACCAUGAAAGUAUUCACACAGCAUUAAAACCAUUUAGAUGCUUGUGUGGAAAGUGGUUUAGUCGGAGCUCAACUCUUAGGAUACAUCAAAGAAUCCACACAGGAGAGAAACCAUUUAGAUGCUUGGAGUGUGGAAAGAGCUUCAAUCGGAGCACACAUCUUAGAGAACAUAAAAAAAUUCACACAGGAGAGAAACCAUUUAGAUGCUUAGAGUGUGGAAAGAGCUUCAGUCAGAACUCACAUCUUAUAAGACAUCUAAUGAUUCACACAGGCGAGAAACCAUUUAAAUAUAUGGAGUGUGGGAAGAGCUUCAGUCAAAGAGGAGGUCUUAAGAAACACCAAGAAAUUCACUCUCAUGUUUAGAAUCGGUGAGCAGAAAGAGUUGUGACCUGGGCAGCAGCAUCAAGUCACUGUGCUCACAGAACUCUUUUUCACCAACACACACAUGAGUUACUGAUUGUCACGCAAAAGAAAAGUUUGCAUGUUGGGAAGGAGGCUAUAUUUAGAAUGCUUCUUCCUGCCAUUUAGUUUUUAAUGUGCAAAGUAUGUGGGUUCAUCAGUACCCAGAAUGUUGGGGGCAAUAUGCUAAAUCAUUGUAAACCGCUUAGAGAGCUUCCAGCUAUAGAGCGGUAUAUAAAUGUAAGUGCUGUUGCUAUUGCUAUAAUACAUUCAGUUAUGUCAGCUGGCAGAAAUUGUUGAUCUCAGGUUUACCAUCCCAGUGAGAUCUAGCCUGUUAAUCUCUAGGCUUGACUACUGCAAUGCGCUCUACCUGGGGUUGCCCUUGUAUGUCAUUUGGAAACUUCUGUUGGUUCAAAAUGCAGCAGCUAGAUGAGUCUCUGGGGUGUCCCAGGGAGACCAUAUUAUGCCUGUUUUAAAGCAAUUGCAUUGGCUUCUAAUUGGUUUCUGGGCCAAAUACAAAGUACUGGUGAUUACCAUUAAAGUCCUAAACAGUUUAGGACCAGUUACCCAGGAGAGGACCUACUUCUGCAUGAUCCCCAUCACACAUUGAGAGAGGUCUGUCUCCGGAUGCUGCUGGCCCAUCUUGCAGUGAUGGGUGUGGGCCUGCUCUGUUGUCACUCCUAGGCUGUGCAAUGUGCUCCCUGUAGACCAGGGCUGCUCAGCUUCAGCCCUCCUGCAGAUGUUGGCUUACACUUCUCAUAAUCCCUGACUGUGGACCACUGUGGCUGGGGAUUAUUAUUAUUAUUAUUAUUUUUACAUUUUAUAUCCCGCUCUUCCUCCAAGGAGCCCAAAGCGGUGUACUACAUACUUGAGUUUUUCUUUCACAAUAACCCUGUGAAGUAGGCUAGGCUGAGAGAAAAGUGACUGGCCCAGAGUCACCCAGCUAGUUUCAUGGCUGAAUGGGGAUUUGAACUCUGGUCUUCCCGGUCCUAGUCCGGCACUCUAGCCACUACACCACGCUGGCUCUACAACUUAUGGGAGUUGUAGUCCAGAAACAGCUGGGGGGCUUAAUUUGAGCAGGCCUACUAUAGAUGUUCAUGGUUUAACAUCUUUGCCAUCCUUCAAAAGAGCCUUUAAGACACAUGAUCUCAAUGGGCAGUGUGGUUCAUAGGCAAGAAGACAUUCUCUUAACAUUUCUGAAUGUUCUAAACUUUUCAAUUGCUGUUUUUAAUAGUUUUAUUUCUUGUGUUUUAUUUUUGUGAACUGCCCAGAACCCUUGGAGUGAGGUGGUAUAUAAAAUACAUCGAUAAGGAGAGGCAGGCCUACAGAUGGGGUAUGCCCAUGUCAGUGGCCGCUCCUCUGGUCAAUGCCCCUGCCUAGUUUCAUAAUAAACAGAUAGCAUGUAAAGCU